AUGCAGUUUUCACUCUCUCUUAUCCUUCCUCUUUUGGCACUCAGUGUCUCUGCCAUACCUCUGGAGGUGCGCCAGUCCAGUGCGGUUACCGUUGCUCUUUCGAAUGAUCAAUCCGGGGCAACCGCUACUGCAACAUUCCAGCCCGACAACAUUGUGAGAGGCAUAUUUUCUCUCUAUGGUACAACUUCAGUUGGAGCAGGCGGCACGGUGAAGGCCAGUUCAGCCUUUUUGAAUUCCGCUCCGCAAAACAUCAACUGUGUCAUAUUCAACGGUGGCGUCAAGAUUGCUACGUUGACCAACGACAAAUCUUAUGCGGAUCUCGAUGGAAAUCCUGGUCAGGCUAUCCCAGUCAGUCUUAACAGUGCCACCAUUCAGUGUCAUGUCUGA